GGCGCGCCAUGUCACCUAGUAACGACAUCUAAACAAACAUGGCGGUCACUAUAAACAGUAAAUUAAACGUCUCCGUGAAAUCUUUUAGUUUACGCUGUAAUUAGAUUUAGUUUUAUAUGUGAGUGUUGUGAGACGUAUGCAUAACAUACAACUACAAACUUAAUUUGCUAAGCUUUCUGCUCGGCAGCCUUUAUUGAAAGAACUGAGUAAACAUUUUCACGAAAAACGAUGGCCGAUGAAACUGAACCGAAAGCCUGGCCUGAGACCCCUAUUAACCGACCAUCACCAGACACAUCUCAGGAGAUUUCUCAUUUACUGCCAGACGUUGAAGACCAUUCCUCUGUAAAAGUGAUUGGUAAAGACACUGUUUUUAACCUCAAGACAUCACAUAGAAGAUACAAUAACCAUGACAAAUAUGUAGAUGAGCUGCAACAGAUACAUUCUGAAAACAACACAGAGAUUCAAAAGGCUAAAAUGCCGGAGACGCACAUCGUACAGGCCCUUCUGCAAGGCGCUGUAAAAGAGCAUGCUCGCAACAAAAUAAUGGAGGAAGAGGGUGAUGCCCACCAUCAGCUGGGUCUAGCCCCAGCCAAAUGCACUCCUGGCUAUCUUCAGCCAACUUUCUCGUAUAAUAUGCACAUCUGCACUGAACCACAGGAUGAUGGUUAUACUGUGCUCCCCCCACCUGCACAUUCACCCCAUUGCCCGUUGGACCGAUCGGAAAACAAACUCACUCUUCCUUCCUCUGCGGAGUCCAAAACGAUCAAGGCUGCUUCCCCUAAGAAAAAAGGCCAAGUGUAUAAGGCCUUGCGAAAGAAGGGACUCAGUUCUCAGAGUCGGUCAGAACAGAUGAUCGCCCUGCAGAAGCACAAAGAUCGACACGAGUUCCUGCGCAACCCACGCUUUUUGCUCCCAAAUGCCCAGUGCGGAGGAAAGUCCCUCAUUAUGCCAUGGGAGAGGCUGGUCUAUGGGGCAACAGACAGAAAAAACACUGGCAGUGCGAGUCCUGAGGCUCCUGUCCCAAUCUUCAUUGCAGAUCCACCUGUAAUAAUCUUCUCUGACUACAGUGUGGGACGAGUGUAUGAGACCGUGCUGGAGUUAAAAAACAUGACUGCUACAAGUCGUCACAUUCGGAUGAUUCCUCCAACUUCUCAGUAUUUUUCCGUUGGUUUGGGCAAGUUCCCCGGUGAGGGAGGAAUGGUAGCUCCUGGUAUGAGCUGUCAGUAUAUGGUACGCUUUGCUCCAGACUCUCUGGCCGAUUAUGAGGACAUCCUUGUGGUGGAAACACAGUCUCCGUAUCCCCUUAUUAUACCAGUGGAGGCUCACAGACCCCCUCCAAUACUGACUUUACCUGCAGUCAUAGACUGUGGUUAUUGCCUGGCAGGAGGAGUGAAGUUCAUAGAGGUUUUCUGUCGGAAUGAUGGCCUAAGUGCUGGAACAUUCUGCUUAAUGCCUAAAAAACAGUGGCCUGCCUCCAGCCUCAGGUCUGCAGUGAAGGCCACUUUUGCAGAACACCCUCCUUUUGCCAUCAGCCCUUCUCUUUUUGGUCUUCUACCAGGACAGGCCAUUGUCAUAGAGGUUGUUUUUUUCCCCACUACGGCUGAGAACUGUGCUCAGGAUUUUACCAUAGUCUGUGACAACUGCCAAGUGAAAGAUAUUACUCUUAAAGGUACAGGUCAACUGGUCGCAGUUGAAUUGGUUUCAGUAUCUGGUGGAGAAGAUCAGAUUCGAUUUGGGGAGUUGUCUGAUCUCACGGCUGACCAUUUUGUGCGGUUCGAUUCGACCAAUCCACUUUCCACCCUUCAUAAGACGGUCGUCAUAAAAAACCAUGCACACUUAGAGCUCCCGUUCCACUGGCAGAUCAUGAAGCCCAAUCUCCAAUCUCUGUUUCCUGGAGAAACUCCAGACCCCGUCACCAUCCAGCAUCAUGUUGAUACAGACAGCGUGUUCAGUAUCAGGCCAGACAUGGGUAUCCUGGCUCCUGGACAGGAACAUGAGUUCCUGCUCACAUACUCUCCCCAUGACUUAAAAGACUACCACAGUGUCUGUCACUUGCAAAUCAAGGAUGUUCCUGAUCUACAGGGAGUCAAUAAGAAUGGGAUAAGCCUCGACACAGCACUCCAUUUCAAUGAUGUGACAGUUUUAGAGGUUGAGGUGAGAGGUUCAACCGAGCCAUUGAAGGUCCUCCUUGAACCUUAUGCUAUUUUAAUACCUGGGGAGAUUUUUAUACACACCACAAUCCGCAAGAAAUUCAAGAUGUGGAAUCAUAGCAAGUCAGUCAUUCACUUUGAAUGGGAACGUAUUGUUGACAGUCACGUAAUUGAAGUGGAGCCCUCUAUAGGAGAAAUAGAGAUGAAUGAAUGCUUUGACUUGGAGUUGAUUCUCACCGGAGGGAAACCAGGUCGUUUUUCCUCCACGCUCCAGUGUCAUGUUCAGAACCAUCCCAAAACUGUAGGACUGGCCAUUGAGGUCACAUUUAAGGGGCCGUGUUGCACAGUGGGUGUACCCAGUCUGGACUUUGGUUUGCUGCAAAUGGGAGAUGAGAGCAUUUUUACUAUCCAUAUCACCAACAAGAGUCUGUUAGAUGCUCACUGGAGCCUAGACGAGCUGCCCAAUAGACAGACACUCAUCGAAGGACUGGUGGAUAUAAAGCCAAGUAAAGGUCUUCUGCCUCCUCUGGAAUCGUGCAGUGUGGAUAUAAUCUUCAGAGCUUUAUACUGCCAGUGCUUUGAGUCUGUCCUACAGCUUACUGUGCUGAAUGGGACCGGCUGUCACCUCUCUUUACGGGCAAACGUUCAGUUGCCUCAGGUGUGUUUAUUGGAUCGCAAAUUGGUAUUUGCUGAUCUGUAUGUAGGAGUUCCACAGAAGGGCACCGUUACCAUAUUUAACCAAACACUAUUGCCAGCCCACUUCAACUGGAGAAAGCUCCAAGGUGCUCAAGCACAUCUCUGCUCUGCAACCUUCAACCCAUCUGCUGGCACCCUGGAGCCCAAUGGCAAAACGGAAGUUUCUGUAUUAUUCACUUCUCAUACUGUUGAGGAGCUGACUGAAGUGACUGCAGUUUGUGAAGUGAAGGGAAUGAAGGGUUCAUUGGUACUUGGCUUUUUCUGCAAAGCCAAACCUCUCACUGUUUCUUACUCGCUGCCUCAGACUGACUGUAUUAAUGAGGGUGAACACCAUCCAAUCAUGCUGGACUUCACAGAACAAAAGCCAGUGCUCAUUGGACAGUCUGUUAAGCGACAGCUAUUGAUAACCAAUCACACCGCUAUUACCGCGCCUUUCACUGUGGAGGUGGAGUACUUCACAGGGGUACCUUCACAAUCAUCUGAAAACUUACAAAGAAGCCCCGUCCCUCUCCAUUCUGCUCAAGCUAAAAAAAUUCAGCAGAAAGCAUAUGAGGAAUUUGUACGCUGCCAGCUUGCCCAUGGAAAAGGCGCUGCAUUUUUUGUUGAACCAAACAGUGGAACGCUUGGUCCAUUUGAGAGUCUAACUAUCAACAUCAUUGCUUUUACCAAUAUGUGGGGUGAAUAUCAGGACAAUCUCAUCUGUAAAGUUGGUGACCUGGAUCCAGCUUCUGUGCCGAUCCAGAUGUCUGUGAGGGGGUGUCCAAUUUACUUUCAGUUGAUCGGACCACAGCCUAAUAAUCAGAACCAUGGUCCUUUUAUAAGAUUUGGAAGCCAUGUUUCUGGAGGAGACACCGUGUCACGCUCUUUACGGCUCAUUAACACCAGUCCUUACGAUAUCCGCAUGGACUGGGUGACCUACAACCUGGAGGCUGGAGACAGUAAGUUGAUAGAUUUGUUGGUUGCAUGUGGUGAAGCAUUUCCUCUGAAGGACGCUGAUGGAAAUGAAGUUGUUGGGCUGAAUCCAUGCGUCAUGUUCCCAUCAUGGGAUGAGAGCCACACCCUUAACAGGGAAGACACAUUCUCAUCCAUCAUGACCAAGUCUGAUGGUUUUGAAGAGGAUGAGGAAGAAAGUGAUGAGGAGGAGGACAGUGAAGCUCAUGUGUCUCAGGCCACAGGCAAGAAGCUGUUCUCUGUGUUCCUGAAACCUCAUGAAGGAAAUAUCGCAGAUUACCCAUACUGCAUCACUCCACAGCAAACAGUUGUUCCAGCAGGGGGUAGUAGCUCUAUACAUUUGUCUUUUACCCCUCUGAUCCUGUCAGGCUCAACCGAUCAAAGAUGUUUGGGUUAUGCUCUAGGUUACAUGAGCUUGGACUCCAAGAUGGCAUCAUUGAUCCCAGGCAAAGUGGAAAGAGCCCAAGGCUAUGAGCUACAGCCAUUGAGGUUGGACAUGCAGGCUUAUGUUAAACCUGCCAUUUUGUCAGUGCAGAUGGAAGAAGAUGCAGACGGUCUGACAUUCACUGCAGCUGCCAGUGAUACACUAGAUAGAGAAACACGCAAACAGAGGGAAUCCAGGAUAACACGAACGUUCCAGCUGAAGAACAAUACAGAGAUGACCUUGACUUUCAGGCUGACUACUCAACCUCCAUUCUCAGUUCUUCUGCCCCAUCAGAAGAUUAAAAUGACCACCAGCUCACCCCCUCACAGACACACACAUGGACUGUCGGGGUCAGGAGACGAGCAGACGUCACUUCUACUGCAGCCCAAACAUGACAUGCAGGUUAAAGUGGCUUUUCACAAUUCAUCUUCACUCUUAAACUGUCUGACUGAAUCGUGUGAGGAAUCAGAUGCUCGACUCUCUGCUACCCUUCUGUGCAAUGAUGCUGGAGAGAGGAAACUAGAGUUUAAGCAGAGUUUGACCAUUCAGUAUAGCAAUAACAGUACACAGACAGUAUUCCUUUGCGCUCAUCUGGCAUUACCCACGCUGCACCUUUCCACUGACAUUGUGGAUUUUGGCACCUGCUAUGUCGGACAGACAAACAUCAAAGAGGUGUACCUCUAUAACAGAGGUGGAUCCUGUAGCUACUGGACUGCACUUGCAGAUGCUGAAGUUGGGAAUGAGGUGUUUAAGGUGAGUCCAGACUCUGGUGUGUUGAAGCCACUUGAAGAUCCAGCACCAUUCAGCAGACAGCUGUUGCAGAUCAGCUUUACAGCCAGUGUUCCGAAGGAGUUCCAUACAAUCAUCACGGUGCAGGGCAUUCUUGGAGAAACCUCACUAAUGCUUAAAAUCAAAGGAAGAGGAUCAUUUGAUGAAAAAUUUCUAUCUGUUAUAUCUGACACCUGAUAAAACAAUAUUGAGUUUCACAGAUAAGACAAAUGAUCUGAAACUUUAUAUAUAUUAACUUUAAUUUUUAAACAAAUGUUUAAAAUUGUUAAAAAAAUAUAUUGUUAAACUGUUUAUUAGUUUAGAUUAUUUUAAGCUGUCCAAUGUUGAUGUUUGCAAAACAAAACUCAAAGGUUGCAGUUAAACAGUGAUUUUGAACCUAACCUUUGGAAUGCAAGAGUUUAUUUGUAACAAAUUAUUUUUUAUUGUAAUGAAUAACCGCUUGCAUUACAAAUCUAAACAAAUUUCACCAGUCCUCUAACAUUGUGUAAAUGUUAUGUAAUGAAAUGUAAUGCUUAUUAAAAACAUUCUUUCUAUAAUCUUGAA